GAGCUGGGAGGGAGGAUCGGGGGUGGGCUGGGUGCAGGGAGGGGACGGGGCUGACGGCGAAAUCUGGGACCGCCGCUGGAAAGGAGCUGGAACCGCAGGCAGAGGCAGACCCUAAGCCUGAGCCUGCGAGGGUCCGGGCGGCGCAGGGGGCGCCGUGCGCGGCGAUGCAGUGAGGGCACAUCUGGGGGAGCCGGAGCAGGGACUAAGGGGGUGGGGGGAGGGGAAGGGGGGACCGUGCUGCAGAAAUGUGACUUCGGUGGCGGCUGCUGGAGAAGCGGGAGAAUCCGUCCGGCCGUGGGGCUGCCGGUGCGGAGAGAAAAAUGAGAACCCAGGUGGUGCUCUCAUUUCUCCUCUUCUUUGUGAUCGGCUAUGGCUCCUCGGAGAACGCCAGCACCUCUCGAGGCUGCGGCCUUGACCUCCUCCCUCAGUACGUGUCCCUGUGCGACCUGGAUGCCAUUUGGGGGAUCGUGGUGGAGGCCGUGGCAGGGGCAGGGGCCCUCAUCACUCUGCUGCUGAUCCUGAUCCUCCUGGUGAGACUGCCAUUCAUCAAGGACAAGGAGAAGAAGGGGCCCCUGGGCCUGAACUUUCUGUUCCUUCUGGGGACCCUCGGGUUGUUUGGACUGACUUUUGCAUUCAUUAUCCGAGAGGAUGAGACCAUAUGCUCAGCCCGUAGGUUCCUGUGGGGGGUGCUCUUUGCCCUGUGCUUCUCAUGCUUGCUCAGCCAGGCAUGGCGAGUCCGAAGGCUGGUUCGCCAUGGGAAAAGUCCCUCAGGCUGGCAUCUCGCUGGCUUGGCCAUAUGCCUGAUGCUGGUCCAGGUCAUCAUCGCCACAGAGUGGUUGGUCUUGAACGUGGUCCGGGAUAAAAAGCUAGCCUGCAGCUACGAACCCAUGGAUUUUGCCCUGGCCUUAAUUUAUGACAUGGUUCUGCUGGUGGUGACCCUGGGUUUGUCCCUCUUCACUCUCUGUGGGAAAUUUAAGAAGUGGAAGAAGAAUGGUGUGUGCCUCAUCCUUACCAGCUUCCUCUCCAUUCUGAUCUGGGUGGCCUGGAUGACCAUGUACCUUUUUGGCAAUGCCGAACUGAGCAAAGGCGACGUGUGGAGCGAUCCCACCCUGGCCAUCGCCCUGGUGUCCAGCGGGUGGGUGUUUGUCAUCUUCCAUGCCAUUCCUGAGGUACACUGCUCAAUCCUUCCGUCACAACAAGAGAACACACCCAACUACUUUGAUACAUCCCAGCCCCGGAUGCGGGAGACAGCCUUUGAAGAGGAUGUUCAGCUUCCCCGGAGCUACAUGGAAAACAAAGCUUUUUCAAUGGAUGAACACAACGCAGCUCUACGAACUGCAGGAUUUCGAAAUGGUAGUUUGGCAAACCGCCCCAGUGCUCCGUUUAGAAGCAAUGUUUAUCAGCCCACUGAGAUGGCAGUUGUGCUAAACGGUGGGACUAUCCCAACCGCUCCUCCAAGUUACACCGGAAGACACCUCUGGUGAAAGGCUUUUCCAAAGUUCCAGAGGAUAAGAAUCUCUGUUACAGAUUUUAUUCCCUGGCUGAGUCUUUCUGGGGGAGAAAUCACUAACAGUGGCGGAACAAAGUCACCUGGAGCUUUCAGAAUCCCAGAUAAUGGGCUUUCAUGUAAAUGUGAACACUGGUGAACUGAUGAGCUAACCACCCACAAAAUACCAAACCAACCAAUGAGUUUGCAAACUAAAGCAAAGCUAAUUUCCUGUAGAAUUAGGCUUACUCUUAAAAUGCAACUGGGCAGACUGUACCCUCCAAGUGUAGAAGAGCCAAAGUCACGGUGACUGCUGAGCAGGCCUGAUUUGCUUUGAGUGCAGGUUUCCUUGUAGGGCCUCUCCCAAUGGGAUCCAGGCUGCCUCCCUCAUAAGGUUGGCACUUUAUGGCUAAAGCCUACAGAGGGGCUUUCCCACUUGGUUGCUUGUUGGUGUACGCUUUGCCAGGGGUCAGAAAGUAAUUUGGUUAUCAGUUUUGUAAGUGUGUGUCUGCGGACAUACUUAGAUUAUGUGGCGUUUUAUUGAGGGUGGGGGCCCUGUUUAACACUGAGAGGAGCAUUGCAUUGCCUGUGAAAAAGCAAGAAACACUAUUAGUGAAGGGCCCCCUCCCAUUCUGAAGAAGUGAAUGGAAUCUGGUUGUGGAUUCGUGGAUCACAUUUAACGUGGUGUUGGACUGGUGUUUGUUUUUUAUGCCCCUACCUGUGAUAUUCCAGUUAGAACAGACGGGCCCAAAAAUGGAGCCAGAGGGAGACGUGACCUGUGUCAUGUGGUACCAGACUGACGUUCUCAGUGUUAUCAAGCUUCUCUCUUCCCAUCCCACUUCCCCAGAAGCCCACUGAGGACCUGGUGGUCUAAGGAUCUUUCUGAUUUAUCUAGAUUUUAUUUCCAAAGGUGCAGAUGGGGGCCACCUGCCCAGAAAGCCAGAGGGAUGAGCCGUGGCUUUCCCAGAGUCCUAUAAGAUGGCAUAUCAAGGGUCCUACUGCUUAGUAAUGCAAAGACCUUAUCUGUUCCUCAUAUCAAGGUAGUGGGAUCUCUAAGAGGAGGAACAUUUUUGUUUGUGGAUUUUUUUGUUUUUUGUUUUUUGGGCUUUGGAGUAGAGAAGACAAGUUUGUUAGAUGUUUUUAUCUUGGUUAACUGCAAGUUCUCUGAAAAUAGUAGUUUCCAAACCCAUUACUUCUGCCAUAGUUUCCAUCUGUCUUGAGCAAAUCAUCCUGUUAUUUUAAAUUUAACAUUUAUUCAGUGCAUAUCCAGCAUUAAAAGCAUCAUGGUCUCCUCAUUGUUUAGCCAACAUGAUCUGCAGCUUUCUUCGACGCCUAAAGCAAGAUUUUAACCUGACAGUAUUGGAUAUAGAAAAGAGGAUGGGUUCUUUUGCUAUAUAGCACAAGCUAUAAGAAAUCUAUUUUCUAGUCUUUUAAAAAAAAAGCCACAAAGAACAUGGAAAAGGUCAAUGGUUGGGGAAAAAAUGGUAACUGACUUUACAAAUGGAAUACAUCUAUGCCGAAUAAUUCUAACAAAACCUCUAAUUCUUUCUCCACCUGACUUUUGGCUGUGCCCUAUAUGCCCUCCACCCUCUGCAUAGCACUGGGGGAAAAGGAGGUUGAUAUCGCCAUUCUUGCCGUGAUCAUCUUGCAAGUUAUUUUCUUCCCCUCUCUGCAAGUUCAUUUCCCUUUCUGCCAUGCAUGUGAAAAGAAAGCAUGGCAUGUGAGUGCCUGCCCCCAUCAUAUCUCAUCUCCAGUAUCAGCCCUGGGAGCAUGCGCUUGCUUUUAGAAAACCAGACAUCUGACCUUAGCCCUUAGUGUGUGUUCGGGAAGGUGAUUGAUUAUUAGAUGGUUUGGAAAUUUAAGUAUUUGGGGGAGGGGGGAUGUUAGGAAAAGGGUGGGGGGUGGGAUGUUGCAUGCAGAACCCAUUAUUCUAAAAAUAAAGAAAUCUCCUAAUGCCUCAAUCUAAUCCAAUUAAAAACAAGUUACACAUUCUUGUGCCAGGAAAUGGUUACUUAUCCCAGCUCUCUGAAGUCAUUUGGAGUUGUAGAAUGCCAUCAGUGACAUUUGCCUGCAAAAAAAAGUCUCACUUUCUGAAAGGAACCAUUAACGAUGUAACUUUCCUCUAAGCUGUUAUCAGAAUGUCUAAGGUGACUGUGGCCUAGAUGGCAGGAGUGGUUUCUCUUUGUAAAUGCUACUGCUGGAAAGCAAUAUUCACUACAAUAAAAAUGACAGUGUUUCUGUUCCUUGGACAAUUUUCUUUCAGACAGUUAUCAGAUGUGUUUUUAAGGUUCUGUUUUUGGCAGGGCUUAAAGAUGGGAAUGAGCUAAUAAACUGUAAUUUGGGGUAGAGGAGUGGUAAUCCCAGAAAAGAGAGGAUCGUUGUUUUCCUAAUAACCUCACAUGACUCCAAGAUCUUUGCCUGGCCAUGUCACUUUGCCUGUGACAGUGAUUGGCCCAGAGAGCAAAAUGUGACAAGGCACCUCCGUUUAUUAUUUGUGUAAACAAGAUGUGUUUACUUUUAACUUUGAGUAAAAAGGCUUACAAGUAGCACAUCCGUGAUUAAAACACACAGUUGUAAGCACAAAUUAUCAAUCUCUCAGCAUUAAGUUAUCAGAAGCCAUUCUGGGGCCAUAAAAGCCACCAUGUCCCUUUUUGGUAUAAAACUGGAUGCAUCUCUCCGCAGGUGGGGGGGUGGGGAGGGGACAGGGCAGGGAACAGCAAUUGUGAAACCCUACAGUGCUUUCAAACUUUGUAUUUAAAAGGUGGCUAUUCCAUGGUUUAAGUAAGAGAAAUCAGAUGAAGCAGUGGGUUCUGCGCACACCCCAGGGGCCUCUGGGCACCCCCUUGAAAGGUGCCUUUUUCACUCAGAAUUAACCGGGUUGUCUCUUGGUUGGUGACAGCAGAGUUUGGUGCCUCGGGCCUAACCAAAAGCUGGGCAAAAAGGGAACAUUGUAGCUUUUAUAAUCAAAUGAUUCGACUAUUAUUAUACCAGCUUACAGGAUUACCCAGCAGGUGCUUUUUAUUAAUUGAUUAAGAGCAGAAGCUCACUUUUGAUAGAUAAUAUAUAUUUAUUAAAUGUAUUAAUGUGUAUUUUAUAAUGUACUUUCCUCCCCCCCCCCACCCUGCUGCUGACCAUUGCAUACUUAAAAAGAACACCUUUAAAGAACUUUCAAGACAAUCAAUGUGUACCAUAAAUGACUGUAUAUAAGAAUACAAAUUAAGAAGCUUGUAAAGCAUGGGCAGAUAUGUUUUAUUUUCAAAAUGCUGUUCUUAACAAAAAUAAAGGCUUUACUAUUUACGUA